UGCGUUAUCCUUUUGGGAAAUGGAGGCUCUCGCGAUCAGAACCCUGUCGCCGAUCAACUCCAAAUCCCAAUCUCCAAGUUUUUCUUUCCUUCAGCAACUUUGUGGAGAAAAGGGAGCCCAAAAGGAGUUCAUUGAAGGAUUUGCUUAGAGAUUUUUCUUCUAAAAAAUUCUGUGGAAUGUCAAGGAGGAAGUUGCUUUUAGAAACUGUUGCCCUUGGUUCUUCAAUUAUGCUCAUCAGUCCUGCUAUUUCUAUGCCAUUGCAAGAAGCAAAUGAUUCUGAAACGAUCAGAUAUCAGAAACUGAAUACUGGGGUAAAAAUUCAAGAUGUCAUCGAAGGUGAAGGACCAGAAGCACAGGAAGGAGAUCUAGUUGAAAUUAACUAUGUUUGUCGGCGGUCAAAUGGGUAUUUUGUGCACAGUACUGUGGACCAAUUUAGUGGGGAAAGUAGGCCGGUCAUACUUCCUUUGGAUGGAAAUGAGAUAAUUCAAGGUUUAAAAGAGGUUUUGGUUGGCAUGAAGGUUGGAGGCAAGAGGAGAGCACUGAUACCUCCAAAUGUCGGGUACAUCAAUGAGACCCUGAAACCAAUCCCUGAGGAGUUUGGCCCUCGGAGGAGCCUUCUUUCACACGCAAAUGAGCCAUUAGUUUUUGAGGUUCAGCUCUUAAAGGUUCUCUGAGUCAAAUGCAUAUAAUUCUUUUUCAUUUUCUUUUUUCCCCCCUCUUAUUUUAAGGUAUAAACCCUCUCUAAAAGAGUUGUAAAUUUAUGCACGUAAUUCUGAAAAGAAGCAACUAUUAUGACGUUGGAAAUUCAAAAGUGUUUGAAUUAAAGGUUGUCAAGAAUGCCAAACGGAUGAGUUUAUAUUCAAUUGCUUUA